AUGUUCCCAAUGCUCCUCAAGGCCUCAACUCCGGUAAUUUAUCGUGUGCUAUCAAAGUUUUCUCGGAGGUAUAUGGUUAUCAUCGCAGACACAGCCGUUCAAAGGGUGGACAAUGCUGGACAAUGUUGCGAUGCGCCAAGAUUCCGCCGCGAGAAUGAGAGCUUCCCCCACAGUAUCUUGACAAUCUUCGCUUCCCUCCUUUCCGCCUCUUCUCCUGCCCAAGCCACCGAAGUUCCGGCGACAAACGUCUCGGAUGAUGACAUCCUCUUCGAGCUCAGCGAUGCCGAGAAGAAGGCAUCGGGCACUUACAGCUACUGCGUUAUCGCCUAA